UAUGAGGGAGCCAUGGAGGGCGGCGGGGGGGCGCCGCCCGCGCUGGAGAAGAACGCGGCGGAGCUGACCGUCAUGGACGUCUACGACAUCGCCUCGGCCGUGGGGCAGGAGUUCGAGCGCGUCAUCGACCAGCACGGCUGCGAGGCCAUCGCCCGGCUCAUGCCCAAGGUGGUGCGGGUCCUGGAGAUCCUCGAGGUGCUCGUGAGCCGCAACCACAUCAACCCCGAGAUGGAGGAGCUGCGCCUGGAGCUCGACCGCCUCCGCCUCGAGAGGAUGGACCGCAUCGAGAAGGAGCGCAAGCACCAGAAGGAAUUAGAACUGGUGGAGGAUGUCUGGAGAGGGGAAGCACAGGAUCUUCUUACUCAAAUUGCACAGCUGCAGGAGGAGAAUAAACAACUGAUGACAAACUUGUCUCACAAAGACAUUAAUUUCACUGAAGAGGAGUUUCAGAAACAUGAAGGAAUGUCAGAAAGAGAGCGGCAAGUCAUGAAGAAGCUAAAGGAAGUGGUAGAUAAACAGAGGGAUGAAAUCAGGGCAAAAGACCGGGAACUUGGACUUAAAAAUGAGGACGUAGAGGCACUUCAACAACAACAGAACAGGCUCAUGAAAAUUAACCAUGACCUGCGGCACCGGAUCACCGUUGUGGAGGCGCAGGGGAAGGCGCUGAUUGAGCAGAAGGUGGAGUUGGAAGCAUACCUGCAAACCAAGGAGCAGGAGAUGGGCACCCUGCGAGCAGAGCUAGGGAAGCUCAGAGAAAAACUGCAGGGCGAGGACAGCCAAGAUGGGGAAGAAAUAAAGACAGAACCAAACAACGAUGACUUUUCUGACUUAUCAGAGUCAGAAAAGAUGGCAGUGGACUUAAAAGAUCCAAAUCGUCCAAGAUUCACCUUGCAGGAGCUGCGGGAUGUCCUUCAUGAGAGGAAUGAAUUGAAAUCUAAAGUGUUUUUACUUCAAGAGGAGCUUUUAUAUUACAAAAGUGAGGAAACAGAAGAAGAAACUAGAUCGCCUCAACCUACACCCAUAAUUCAGGCAAAAACCUCAACUCAGCCAGAGUCUGGAAUCAAACGGCUGAUCUUUACAGCCAUAAUGCCCAUGGUAGCAGCUGGAAUGAUUCCAGACGAUCCCACAUUGCAGCCAAUACGAAGACUUGUGUCCCUUGUUUAGUUUCUUCUCUCGUGAUAAGAGACGUAUGCAGGCAUCACAGAGAAACGUCCACUUCCAGGAUACUUUUGGCGAAUGGGCAAACUCAAAUAAAGAUGACUCCUACAUGGAACAAGGACAAGAAGCCCUGCAGCAUCUGUGACUAAAACCUUGAGGUUCAGCUUGCCACAGUAGGUCUCACAGUCUAGUAACAAGAAGCUUCUGUGAACAAAUCCAUCAGCUCCUCACUGCUGUUUGCCUUGCACACCUCAGUGGCUGCAUCUCAGAUGCACUCUUCAAAAGGGAUCCCUCACUGCUUACUUGGUGACUGUUUGCCAGAAACAGGAUCCAAGCUGUGCAAUAAGUCACUGAUAUUGGGACAUCGAAGCUUCUAGAUGACUUGUUUUGUGCUGAAUAACAAGUCUGUGGUCUUGCUCAUGCAUUAACUACAGUAACACAAGCUUCUUUAAACCAAAAAAGAGACCUGUGCCAUUAUUAGAAGAUUGUUUGCAGUGUACAAUAUCUACUGGCAAAGACUCUUUUAUUCUGUUUUGUUAGACUUUUUGGUUGUUUGCUUUUUCUUAAUUCUGUAAG